CGCGCUCCACGCAAAAUGGCGGACGUUCCAUUAUCAGACGAUGCGUUAUCAAAAGCCAGUAAAUGUUUCAACUACAACGAAGCGAAAAAAAGAUACUUGGAACAAGUAAAAAUGUAUUACGCGAACAAGAAGUUACCUGUAAUAACACCGUUUACACGGGAGGUCGUGGAUAGAAUAAAAAUGCUUAUAAAAGAGAUGCAGUUUUUGAAGUCAGUCGGAUAUCCUUCGGAGCAUGUGAAGUAUAAAGUUGCACAAAAAUACGAAGUUAUUGAACAAAAUGGCGAGGAAUUAUUGAUUUGUAAAAGAUUUCUACCGGAUGAUCCUAUAGUUCAAAUUGUGCCAGCGGAAGACUGUUUCGAUAUUUUGGUUAAAGCUCAUUUACAGACUAAGCACGGGGGAAAAGCGAAAAUGUUGAACACAAUAAAGAGAGGCAAAUAUGUCGUGCCACAGACUAGCAUCGACUUUUUAUUAGUCGUUUGUCAAGUUUGCAACUUCAGGGGUAGAUCAAAAAGACGAGCUGAUGAAAGGAUACCUCACGUAUUUCAUUCUAGAGGUCAAGUAAGUUUAGUAGACAUGAGUGACGCGCCAGAUAAUCAAUUUAAACAUAUUUUGUGUUAUGUAGACAGGUUCACAAGUUUCAUGCUUUUGCGACCGCUCAUGACAGACACUGUGCAAGAGACAGCCAUGGAAUUACUGAAGAUAUUCUUCGAUUUUGGACCACCAGAAAAAUUAGAGACGUACAAGAGACCCUUCUUCAACCAAGUAAUGAGCAUAAUAAACACUGCACACAGUGAAUUUAAUAUAAGUCUGGUGUUGCCAGUGAAAAUGCCUGAUAUAACUCCGUUACGAGUAAAAGAAAUGCUUCGAAAAUGGCAAACUGAGACUGGUAGCAGCAAUUGGGCCAUGGGAUGUUACAUGGUUCAAUGGAAUAAUAACUCUGAAAUGAAUAUCAAUAAACCAUCGCCAUAUUUUUCAGUAUUUAAACGUUCUUUGGUUGGAAUAGGUAAAAAAGGUAAAAGAGAACAAGGAAAAGAGAAGCCUGAAGAAAAUAGGUUAAACAACGAAAGUGCUACUGCCAGUACUUCUCGUCUAGCUUCUGGGGAUGAUAAUAGUCAAUCAAGCUCUUCCACAAUACUAGACGGUGACGGUGAAGAAGUUAUUAUGCAACAAGAGAAUGGCCUCAGCGAAGAUGAUGAAGAUUGUUUAAUAACGAUAACCGAGGCCCCUAACGAAUCUGUAUCAAGUGUACCCUUAUCGAAUAAAGAACCUAAUUAUAUACCUAAUAUCCUUAAAAAGAAGCAUAUGGAAGAUAGUAGUAAUGGACACAUAGUUAAUGUGAAUGAGCCGUUGCUCGUUUUAUCACCAUUUAAAAAUGUAGCGAACGCGAAAAACAAUAAUAUUCUAAAAGAGCAGAAGCAAGAUGAAUGCAAAGAUUCGCCAAAACCUUCGAACAAAAGGUGUCAUGUUUGUAAAACUGAAAUAAAGAACGCCUACAUAUGUACCAAAUGCGAUAGGAAUGUGCACUUAUUUUGUUCUGAUAGAUUAUUACAACCUAACACUUCCCCAGAAGUUAAAAGUGUAACGUGUACCUCCUGUGCCCUCACAAAUAAGAGGAAUGAAACGACGAAACGGAAACGCGAAGAGACUAAUAAUAUUAUAACUAUUACAGAUUGAAAUAUUCACAAUU